CACACCACAACAAGGUCUUAAAAAGAGAAGCUUUGAGAAUAAUAGAAUGGCAUUUCUGAGGUCUCUAGCUACCACAACAACUGCCAUUGCUGCCAUACCUCUAGCUUUUUCCCUUUCUUCUUCGUCUUCAUCCUCUCGAUCUAUUCCAUUUUCCAGACCCCAGAACCUUCCUUUUCUCUCUUCCACCUCAGCUCUCUUCCCAACCCAAUUGUGCCUCGCUAGAAGCUCCGCUCCGCCUUCUGCAACUCUCCAAAUGGCCGGUCCCGCGUCCGAAUCCUCUACUCAGAGUGAUUCUGUCUUGCCGGAGUUAUUGACAGAGUACAUGGUGGAUAUGAAGUGUGAGGGUUGUGUUAAUGCUGUCAAGAAUAAGUUGCAGACUUUAAAUGGGGUUAAAAGUGUUGAAGCGGACCUGAGUAGUCAGGUAGUAAGAAUUCUUGGUUCAACGCCUGUGAAAACUAUGACAGAGGCUUUAGAGCAAACCGGUCGAAAAGCCAGACUGAUUGGGCAGGGUGUCCCUGAAGAUUUCUUGGUUUCUGCUGCUGUGGCCGAAUUCAAAGGCCCAGAAAUUUUUGGUGUGGUACGCUUGGCUCAGGUGAAUAUGGAGUUGGCUAGGAUUGAGGCCAACUUUAGUGGGUUGUCACCUGGUAAACAUGGCUGGUCUAUCAAUGAAUUUGGUGAUCUGACAAACGGUGCUGCAAGCACUGGGAAAGUGUUCAACCCACCAAGAGAAGAAGGACCUACCGAUGAGCCAGUUGGCGACCUGAGAACAUUAGAUGCUGAUGAGAAAGGUGAGGCCUUUUACUCAGGCGUCAAACCGAAGUUGAGAGUUGCUGAACUGAUCGGACGGUCGAUAGCAAUCUACAAAACAGAAGACAGAUCAGAUUCUGGCAUCGCAGCUGCAGUAAUAGCCAGAAGUGCCGGUGUUGGUGAAAACUACAAAAAGCUUUGCACCUGUGAUGGCACCACCAUAUGGGAAGCCCCCAACAGCGUCUUUGUCCCCAGCAAGGUCUAAUGGCUUGUAGCAAACACCAAACAGUUCUAAUGCUUGAGUUGAAUUUUAAGCCCGGCAGAAGAAAAAUAGCCUAUGUAGCCUGUAGUCCUUGAAUUUUAUUCAUUGAAAAACUAAAAAUUACCUGUUCAAUGUAUUUUCUAUACAAUAUUUGAGGUAAUAAUGGAUAAGCCAAGAGCUCCUACUUUGUAAGAAUUGAAUCAACAUGUUCUGUGAAAAAUAACUAAUCAGACAUGUCAUUUUCUA